AUGGCUGCCUCUGCUUUUGCCGGUGCCAUGAGAGCAGCUAACGGCUGCUUACGGAAUCACGGCCCCUCAGCCUAUCGGAACUGCACCAAGAAUGCCUCUUUUAUUUCUGCACUGUCCACUGGACAUUUUAGUCAUAUUCAGACACCAGUUGUUUCCUCUGCGCCCAGACUUUUGAUAUCGGCCAGAAACCUGACAUGUGGGCAUACUGCAACAAUCCUUAAUAGAGUGGCCCCCUUGUUUCCAAGUGUCCUGAAGCUGCCAGUCAGAACUGUAACAUACUUCAGUACACUAAAAGGCAAGAGAAAGACUGUGAAAGCUGUCGUCUAUAGGUUUCUUCGACUUCACUCUGGCCUUUGGAUAAGGAGAAAGGCUGGUUAUAAGAAAAACUUAUGGAAGAAGACACCUGCAAGAAAAAAACGCUUGAGGGAGUAUAUGUUCUGUAAUAAAACUCAGAGUAAACUCUUAGAUAAAAUGACGACGUCUUUCUGGAAGAGGUGGAACUGGUAUGUUGAUGAUCCUUAUCAGAAGUACCAUGAUCGAAGGAACCCGAAAGUAUAG